UUAAUGGCAGUGUCAAAUGUGUCAACACCGGACGAGCAGCGGCGGAGCGCUACUGUCCGCAGCAGGGAGGGGGGGAGUGUAAACACCUGAACAUUUGUCUGAGAUGGGUGAUGAUCGACCCUUUGUCUGCACUGCCCUUGGAUGUGGGCAGGUAAGAUUUAGAUUCACAAAUGAAGACCACCUGUCAGUCCACAAACACAAGCAUGAAAUGACAUUGAAAUUUGGUCCUGCCAGAACAGACUCUGUUAUUAUCGCAGAUCAGACGCCCACCCCCACACGCUUCCUAAAGAAUUGCGAGGAGGUUGGUCUGUUCAAUGAGCUGGCCAGCUCCUUUGAGCAGGAGUUUUGCAAAGCACAGGAUGAAGAGCAAAGGCCAAAACACUCUGCCGCAUCAUUACAAACACCGUCUGAAGUAAAAGAUGAAGAUGAUAGUCCUUUACAAGUCGAUUCCUCCCCUCCUGGGAGUCCUGAUUCCUCGUCUAGCUUUUCUGAGAGCAGCAGAGACUCAAGGGAGACUCUCGCAAAGCCUUUGGCAAGCUCUGCUCCUACUUCUACCAUUGUGCGUCCAGGUUCUCUUCCCCUUCACUCAAGCCAUGACCCAUUACACCCGACCCUGCCUUCUCCAACUUCUGUGAUCACGCAAGCUCCACCUUCCAACAGACAGCUCGGCUCCCCCACAAGUGCUUAUCCAUUGAUGAGGCAUCUUCCUAAUGGGCAGACGGUCCCUCUUUUGCCCAGUCCUGUGCAGAUGACCUCAGUAAUAUCUCUUGCAAGGCCAGUGAACACGGUGCCUAAUAUCCCUGGAAUCCCAGGACCCCCUGUUGGAGGGGCCAGCAGUGCAUCAUCCUCCCCAUCUGGAUACAGCCUUCACUCCGAGACCAAGAUGCGUCUCAAAGCAGCUCUAUCUAAUCAAGGUCCAGUGGUACAAGAUGGAGCGAGUAGUGGAUCAGCUGUACCCCACCGGCAGGAACACAGCCAGCUCUCUCAAAGCUCUGAUACACCAUCACCCGCCCAACCACAGGUGUCCCCUGCUCAGCCAACAGGGGGCCGCCGCCGCCGUGCAGCAGAGAUGGACCCUGAUGAGAGGAGGCAACGUUUUCUGGAAAGAAACCGGGCAGCUGCCUCCCGCUGCAGACAAAAACGAAAGGUUUGGGUAAACUCUUUGGAGAAAAAGGCAGACGAUCUCGCCAACAUGAAUGUCUCCUUAACGAAUGAAGUGUCCCUACUGAGGAAUGAGGUGGCACAGUUGAAGCAGCUUCUUCUAGCUCACAAAGACUGCCCUGUUACUGUCAUGCAGAAGAAGGCAGCAUUCUUCGCUGCAGGUGGAGAGGAAGCCUCUAGAGAUACUUCUACUGAAUCCAUCGGUUCCCCAGCGGCAGUUAUUCAGCACGGGCCGUCACCCGCCGCCUCAGCUUCAAGCCCGGGGACCACCAUCAACGGGUUGAGUGUGCGCGCUGCCGAGGCAGUAGCCAUGUCGGUCUUGGCCGGCAUGGGUUCGGGCCAACCUGGAGGGGUUGUCAUGGCAACGCAGUCACAGGUAGCCCCAAGAUGAUGUGCGGACAAAGGCGGCCAGAAGGAAUUCGAAUGGCAUUUGGAAGCCGGACUGGUGCAAAGUUUGUUUUUGUUUGUUUUUUUGCAAAGAGGGACCCACCAUCAACCCACAUCCUUGAUAAGUUUCCCUCAUAGCUGACGAUAAUCACACACAAAUAAGGCGCAGUGCCUCCACUUCCGGCAAGCUCCCUUUGCACCGAAGCGUUGUCACUCUGUAUGUAAAUAUAAAUAAUGUGUUGAACAUUCGCUCUGCAGGGUUCAGGGUCAUUUCUUGUUAAUUUGUAAUGGUUUGAGCAAGUUUAAUAUUUGGAGGACAUAAAUUAGAUCAAUUAGGGCUGGGCGGUAUACCUCCUUUUUUUUUUGUUUUCAAUAGAGAAGUUAAUAUCAAACUUAAUAUUUUUAGGUGUCUUUUGACACCCUUUUCCUGAAAGGUGAGCAGCAGACUGAAAACUGGAAUUACAUUCUUAAUUCAUUCAGAAAGGGAAAUUAUUUUGCAGUGUAGAUUAAUAAGGAAAAAUAAAUAAGGAAAUAUACAUACAGUGUAUAAAUAUGGCAAACGUUGAGAGACAUACUGGGAAGUGUAUCGGAGAGAGUGGCAUAACGGAAAUCUCCAGAGAACAUAAGUUCAUUGAGGUUUUGAUUCCUGUUGCCUGGUAACAACUGAGCUGAUGAUGUCACAUGCAGUGUCAGUAGGUAAUACAGGUGAACUCUGUCAACAGAGGGCAUGGACAGUUUCACAGCCACAACUCUAUAUCUGGGGUGCAGAGACAUCCCUUUACAACAGCGGGUCCAGGAUUACAACAUCUGCUGUCAACAAGCACUACAAGCCAUGUAGAGGGGUGCUGGAGUGUGAGACAUGUCCCGGAGGAAAAAAAAACAUACUGCAUUCUCUUUCCAUCCGCCGUCUCACUGUUCAUUUCACAUAUUAAGGAUCUCACACUAGACAGUAAGAAAGUUAUUCCUCAAACUCAAUUUUUCCUCUCCCUGACCUUUCCUCUAUAACGUUCCUGGAUUUGGGGACUAACUCCAGGUAUAAGUUGUUUUUGGAAACCCAAGUCUUCAGGUCUUCAUGUAAGCACCUUUGCCUUGGCUGCUCGUCAUAAAAUAUAUUUGAAAAGUGCCUAAAUUACUUGCAGAAAUUAAUUUAAGCUAAACAGCAUUCAAACCAGUGCAGAAACUGGUUUUAGAGAUCAGGAAUAAUAGUUUUCAUUGAAAAAAGAAUUCUGCAGGAGCAUGCAGAGAAACACAAUUUGAGUAGGGCUAUUGCAGCAGCCUGCCACUGGCAUGGCUUUUUGAACAAAUCUCUUUUUGUUUGAAUGUUAUUGUGAAAAAUGUAACUUUUCCUAAUUGUUAGGUUGCCAGCUUGACAACUGUGUCCGCAUAUUUAAAAAAAAAAAAAGAAAAAGAAAAAAGAAACUGUAGCUAAAUCCCGUGGAAGAGUGUCACUAGAACUGCUUUGUUAUGUCUCUGAUGAGGGGCAGCAGCAGUCUGGCUGCAAACGUAACUAACGUUCUCACUCGUUUAACAUGCAAGUGCAACAGUAUCCAAACAGCAGAUUUUGUUUGACAACGUUGCAUCUGUAAAAUCAGACAAAGGAAAACAUGUAAAUAAGAAUUUUUAUUAGGAAUUGAGUUGUAUUGCAAUAAAGUCUAUGAGAGCAGAUGUUAACUGCUGAUGCUGGUUGACAGUAGGUCAAAUGUAAACACUUUGGUGUUCUAUAGUACUUAUAUCAAUAAUCAAUGAUGGUAAAUAAUAUUCAUAUACAUAUAUAUAUAUAUAUAUAUAUAUAUAUAUAUAAAAUAUGUAUGGACAUCCUUUAUGAAUAGAGGCAUAAUUUGUUUUGGCCAUAUCGCUCAGCCCUAUAAACCUAUCAUGAGCCAGUUUUAUUUCACCUUCGAACGCUGCAACAGUUCAACAUCUUUCCACACACGAGCUGGGAUGUUUCUACUUUCGAGUCGGUUUCAUUGUAGGUUGGCAAUUUUACCAUAAAAUGUUGUGCUCUUUAUUUGUAUGAAAAGAUUUUUAUGCCUAACGUAAGUCAUUUACACAUUGUCUUGCAAGUGCAGCUAAAAUCUGCACCUGUAAAAAGUCCCACUUUUUAACCGGUGCCCUUUAGCGUCAUGUCGGCUGUUUUUCUUUUGAGGAAAUGCUUCCUAAGUGAGUUCAGUGGUUUAGUCAGCUGAGUUUAUAACAAACCAAAUUGUGGACGUGCACACCGUUUACCCUGUAAUUGUGUGCCUGGUUUUAUUUGAUUUAAAAGAAAAAAUCUAUUUUAACCCAUUUAGACUGGAUGUCACAAUGUUCAUUUUUGUAUCAAACCCUAUUGACUGCAUGGAUUAUUCACAGCUGAAGAAUACCACUGUUUGUGUGUAAUUCCUCAUAUUAUCACUUUUUUAUGUUCUCUUACAAACGUAUUGAUUCAGAAAUAUGUCAAGAUUCCAUCCUCAGUCCUAUUGUAACACACUUGAAGAGGUUGGUCUUUUUAGAAGACAUUUAAACGAUAAUAAACACAAUAGAUGUGAAAUCCUAUACAGAGGCAUUUCAGUUGAGGAAAGAGUAGUGCAAUAUAUUUUUCUAUUAAAUAUCAAUGUUCUUGCUUUCAGCUGAUGUGUGUAGUCAGGUUGCUAAGAUGGUUUUGGUCUGUUUGUGUCAAAAUCUGUUAGUUACGAGGUGACCAAAGCAAAUGUGAAGGUGAGUAUUCUUGAGUGAAUGGAAGUGAAUUUGGAGAGUUGGAUGUUUUGGGUGCUUUCCACCACCAUGACAAGCAGUCUUGUAUCAUGAAUUAGACCUUAUACUUGUGCAAGGUGCUCCUUUUAACAUUAACAUUUUGAAAUUGACUUUAUUUUAUACUGCAUUGUACUUCCAAAACUAUCAUGUUGUUUUAUUCCCCGUGUCACUGUAUUUUUGACUCUGAACAUGUUUUUAGGGAUUUUGUUUUCCUCUGUAGGGGAUAUUAGCUUCAUUUCCAUCCCAUGAUUAUUUGUACCCUUAAUGUGUUAAAGAGAUGCUUGUGUUGUCUGUCUGAGGGUGAGCUACAUGGAAAAAAGUGGGUUGCGAGAUGUCUAUUUCGAAGGAGUUUGCCCAAUACUCAGGCAUCAUGAGGGGAAAUAUUACCUGUGUAUUGUCUCAACUAAUGAAUAAACUGUCUCGGGCAAAAUGGUGAAAUAAAAUAUGUAAAAACAAAGGUUAA